AUUUUGUAACUUUUGUUAUUAAAUUUUGCUCGUGAUUUUUAUUAGACUUUUCACUUUUGAUUUUCCAGUGGAUCUUUUUGUCCGAAACAUGUUCACGAUAGCAGAGAUCAAACCGUGGUCUUUUAGUUAAUCAGUAUACUAGUGUCUCCGAACGUGAAACAGUUCUGAUAGGCUUGAGACUUUGAACGAUCUCGCAACCGGGAAUCUCGACAAGCUUCGAUGGCGAAAGCUGUUGAUACAGUACCACUUUAGCGAACCAUGAAUAAGAUGCUGUUUGGGAGUACAGCAGAGCUAGCUUGGAGUUCGCUCAAAAUAUGGGACUGUCAUCGUCGCCAGAGAUUUCUGCAUGGUUCAGCAUGCAUGUUAGUCAGUGUGUUGAGCAACAAGUCGCGAAAGAAGAUGGACGAGAAGCACAGGGUAUUGAUGGCCAAAUUGGAAAGAAAGAUUCUUCAGCGGGACGCUGCUCGAAAGCCGCACACGCAUACUGUUGGGUAUUUAAGCAAGGGCAAAACAGAUUCUACACCGUGGAGCGCUGCAUAUCUUCGCGAACACGAGCCACGCCAUGUGAAAAUGGUGGAGAGUGUUCUUUUGGAUAGGAUAACCGAACUGUUGGCGGAUGCUCGCUUUUCGGAAUUACUUAUGGAAAUCAGCAUUGAGAUUACAGGAGUUCAAAUAAACCGCAACCGUGGACAGCUCAACAUUUUAUGGGCUCCUACCGGCGAUCCCUUAGCAGACAAAAAAAUCCACCAGAUCUUGCAAAGUAUGACGCCGGAUUUACGAGAGCACUUAUGCAGUCAGCAUAUCCUUGGUUUCGUUCCAAGAAUUGAAUUUGUGCGUGAUAAAACUAUCAGAUGCCUGAAAGAACUGCAGGAUCGAAUGGCUCUUCUUGAUACGGGACCACCGGAUGAACCGUUGGAUACGGUUGACCGUGAGGUGUUGGAGGUGACAGUUCAAGGUGGUCCUUCCUCUGGCCUGGAGACAACGUUGUCGGGACCGAUGAUGGACCCGCUGGGCCUGGAUCGAGUACCACCGAUGAGAACAGAUAUCGGCGGUAUUGAUAGAACUAAACUUCUGGAGCAAAUGCAGCAGGGAUUUUAUAGAGCGGGGCCAAGAAUCAAUAGGAAAGAUAAAGCCGAAAAUUUGUCGGACGACAGAGCGGAAACUGCAGCUUCUUGAUACUUUUUUCAUUGCUGGUAGAACUGGUGGAUGUUGCGUAAUGUUUUGUGAUAACUGCUUGGAUAAUGGAUAAGUCAGUACAUACUUAUAUUUACGUUAACUUGAAUCUUACUACAGCACUGUAUCGCACUUAAACCGUCGCAGCGUUUAAAGUACUUUUAUUCACCUUAUUAAACUUUUAUCGCAGCGGUACGAAAGUUAACGGCGCCUGAUUUAAAACCGACUGUAUGAAGUUUGCGUUUGUGUACCAACAACGAAUAUUGCAAGUGUUACAGUGUUACAGUUUUACCGAACUACAUGUAUAAGUAAGUACAUGUAUCUUGCAAGUUUUAAGAAAUCCAGCAAUAGUUUUGCGCUUUUGCAUAGUUGUGAGCUCUUUAUUGUUAAGGGCACUAACCCGGCAAAGUUUCGCGUGUCAUCUUGGAUCACGU